AUGGCCAACGUGCACAUGGAGCCGCCGGUCACAAAUUCUGAGGAUGAGGUAGAAGUGUCCUCCUCAGCAGUUGAACCACCUACGAGCCUGGCGCUCUCCGGUGCAUCGAACGCAGAGCCACCACGGAAACGCAGAGGCAAAGACAGACUGCUUGCCGGCCUACAACGCAUCUCUUCUUCGCCGUCUGUCACCAGGCUCAACGCCCCGCGAUCUCGCGGGUAUAGUGGGAGUGGCAUAGGAUCGGUGUCAUGCAUUUCGCUCAAUUCCGCUUCGGCCAUGGGCGGGUCUGCCAUGAACAGAGGGUUUCCUACGACUUAUCUCGAUGCCAACACCUCUGCGGCUAGCACCCCUGGCUUCCAGAUACCUAGCUUUGCCGAGACCGUGAGAGUCCGAGAAGUGCCAUCCAAUGCCAUUGAUGGCAAGCUUUCGGUGGGGAUGCCCGCCGAGUUCCGCCCUACAACAAGUGCUCGACCGACACCUGGGAUCGCGGAGAUCGAUGGGGACUAUUUCUCGAGACCAGUGGGCCAGCUUUCAGCCGAACAGAAGAAUUUCAAUCUGUGGCGCGAGCUGCCGUCUGAACUCAAGAUGGAGGUGUUGACGUAUCUCACACCAAAAGAGAUCGUACGCUGUUCGCGGGUGUCAAAGUCAUGGCAUGAGAUAUGCUUUGAUGGGCAGCUUUGGGGUGAUAUGGAUACCACAGGCUUCUACCAAGAAAUUCCUGCAGACGCGCUGGUCCGCAUCAUCACGUCAGCCGGGCCGUUCAUACGAGAUCUGAAUCUGCGAGGUUGUGUUCAGCUGAGGGAGAAGUGGAAUACCAGAGGGCUUUCAGAUGCCUGCACAAACCUCGAAAACUUUUCACUCGAAGGUUGCCGCAUCGAUCGUGCAUCGAUACACAACUUUCUCUGGUCAAACAACAGGCUGGUGCAUAUCAACCUGUCUGGGCUUGCAGGAGCGACGAACGCUGGUCUGAAGAUCAUGUCCUCCAAUUGUCCCAAGCUGGAGUAUCUGAACGUUUCGUGGUGCAACAACAUUGAUACCCGAGGACUGCGCAAAAUUGUAGAGAGCWGUCCAAACUUGAAAGACCUUCGGGCUGGCGAAAUCAAAGGCUGGGACGAUCUCGAUUUUGCACAUGAGCUCUUCCUCAACAACAGCCUGGAGCGCCUGAUCUUGAUGAACUGUGACACGCUAACGGAUGCCUCGCUCGCCRUGCUAAUCGAAGGCAAGGAAAGUGAAAUCGAUUUCCUUACCGGGAGACCGGCGGUUCCGCCACGCAAAUUGAAGCACCUUGAUUUGACCAGAUGUCGUGGCAUCAGCGACAAGGGAGUGCGAACUCUAAUCAACAAUGUUCCUGACAUUGAAGGCUUGCAGUUGUCAAGAUGCCCUAGCAUUGUUGAUGCGACUUUGAUCGAUCUGUUGUCAACGACCCCGAUGCUGACACACCUUGACUUGGAGGAGCUGGAUGGGUUGACCAACCGUUCGAUGCAGGCUCUAGCCAGCGCACCAUGCGCGUCGCGUCUGCAGCAUUUGUGCAUCUCAUACUGCGAGAGUAUCGGCGAUCCUGGAAUGUUGCCUGUUGUAAAGGCGUGCACGAAUCUCCGGUCGCUAGAGAUGGAUAACACUCGCAUUGGAGAUCUGGUUUUGACUGAAGCAGCAGUCAUGGUACGCCAGCGAGCACCUCGCGCGAGAGUGCAAGGUGCCAUUACAGCGGGAAGUUCGCUUUUCAAGCCCGCCGUCGGCCUCAAACUGGUAGCUUAUGACUGCCAGCACGUAACGUGGAUAGGAGUCCGCGAAAUUCUUUCGCGCAACGCCGACGUAUCGAUCACGACCCACACCACACAGCUCCCACCGCUGGAGAAGUAUUCGGCGUCCAGUUCAGCGUCCUCAUCAGCGGAGAACCUUACAAUGCAGCCUCGGAUCCACGUUGUUAGAAGCUCGACGUUCCCGACCCAGGUGAUCCAACUAAAGUGCUUUUACACAUUUCAGCCGACAGUCGAAGAGCACACGAAGCGCGUCAUGCGAGGAGAUUUUGUGGCUGCCCGGCGCCUGGAGAGGAAAUUCGCGGAAUUCAUGAUGGCGCAGGAGGAGGCAGGAGCUGGGCCUGGUAGGCGGCGUCGGCAGCGUAGGCUUCGAGAAAUGCAAAUGAUGCAUGCCGACGAGGCAGGCGAUGCGAAUACUCCGGGCAUUGGGGUCGGUGGUGGACGAAGGAGACGCGCCAGGAGUGGUGGGUGCGCUAUGAUGUGA